CAGUCGUUCUGUCUGUGCUAAAUCUAUUGUGCAUGCGUAUGUUUUAAUUUGCGUGUUAAUUGCAGUUAACGACUGUUUUAGGUAAGUGCAUUAGGAUGGAUACGAUUUCACAUGAAGGCACGUCACGAUUUUUUUCAUCUCUAAACGUUUUUCGACAAGACUCCAGAGGAUGCAAUGGGAAUAAGAGUCUGACUAUUCCUUUUUGAAGGAUAAAGAUUCGUUGGGCCUGAUGAUCCCCAAUAUAGCACAUUUGAGGUGGAAAUGCACA